AUGGUGGCCUCUGAGUAUGAGCGAUGUAAUCAUUUUGAGGAUGGGCUCAGAGAUAAUUUGAGAGUCUUGAUAGCUCUGCAGAAGGAGCAUGAUUUUUCUGCACUGGUAGAGAAGGCAAAGAUCGUCGAGAAGGUUAAGGGCGCUGAGGGCCAGAAUUAUGACCGCGAGAGGGGUAAGAACAAGAGGGAUUCGAAGCCUUCGAGUUCUGCACAGAGGCCUAAGAAAAAGGCCAAAGUUGAUGGGUCGGUUGGAGCUAGGCCCUCCGUUACUGUUACUAGAUUGCAGCCAUGUACUGAUUGUGGUAGACGCCAUCAGGACGAGUGUUGGAGAAUAACUAGAGCGUGCUUACGGUGUGGGUCAUUAGAGCACCGUAUUAGAGAGUGUCCGCUGAGGACCGAUCAGAGGCAACCUCUGAAUACUGGUACGACGCAGCCAUAUAGGGUAGUGCAGCAGCCACCGAGGGGCGUGGACAGGCCAGAGGUGGCUGAGGCGAGACAACCGACCCUAGUUUAUGCUGCUCAUUUUCGAGAGAAUGAAGAUACUCCGAAAGUCAUCACGGGUACAUUCUUUAUUCUUGAUGCACCGUAUAUUACCUUGAUAAACAUAGGGUCUACUAACUCAUACAUAGCUAGCAACAUAUCUGGAAACUUGAAGAUUUUAGUUGAGAGUACUACGAGUGAGGUUACGGUAUUGAAUCCGUUAGGGCACUCUGUUAGAGUUAGUAAACUGUAUAGGGAUGUUCCUUUAGAGGUACAAAGGGCAAUCUUCCUGACUGAUUUGAUAGUGCUUCCAUUUAGGGUGUUCGACCUAAUUCUGGGGAUGGACUGGUUGGUUAAGCAUCGUGUUAGCAUGGAUUGUGCAACUAAGAGGGUCGUACUAAGGACUGAGGAGGUAGUCAUUAUUGGAGAACGCUGGAAUUACUUAUCUAAUGUGAUCUCUGCACUAGUGGCAAAGAAGAUGAUUCGUAAGGGAUGUGAGGUAUUCUUAGCCUACGUAAAUGUUUCAAAUUCUGGGGAUUCUACAGUUAAGGAUAUCAAAGCGGUAAAGGAUUUUUUGGAUGUCUUUUUGGAGGAGAUACUGGGGUUACCUCCGAAUUGUGAGUUGGAAUUUGGGAUUGAGCUACUUCCAGUACAGCUCUGA